CUCUCACUCACGAGCUCCAUAGACUUGAGAUCAGAUGUGACUUGUGAGAUGCCUAUGCCUCUAUCCCCGUCUCACUCUCACUCUCACUCUCACUCUCACUGAGCUUCAAACCAAAUGGGGCUAACGGCUCAGUUUGCUUCACGCUUACUAUCAUGUACCCCUAAACUUCUCAACAAUCCUCUCGAAACUUCUCGACGAUUGGCGAUAAGUACUACCACUCUCCGAAACCAAAAGAGAAGCGGUCCUGGUCCUCCUCAAUUGAAGAUCGUGAAUGCGACGAGAGAAAGUGGUGAUGGAGCCGAGGUCGACACUGCCGUGGCGGUGAAGGAGAAGCCGAAAUCGGAGCGGUUCGAGGUGUAUAGGGGUUCUCCGACGCCGUUUGGUGCCACCGCUCGCGACGGCGGUGUCAAUUUCGCCAUCUUCUCCGCCAAUGCCGUCUCCGCCACUCUCUGCUUCAUCUCUCUCUCCGAUUUACACGAAAAUAAAGUGGCUGAGCAAAUCUCACUUGAUCCAUUGACUAAUAAGACAGGUGAUGUCUGGCAUGUAUUCCUGAAAGGAGACUUCAAAGACAUGCUUUAUGGCUACAAAUUUGAUGGAAAAUUUUCCCCAGACGAAGGGCUUUACUAUGAUUUUUCUCGGAUUCUAUUGGAUCCUUAUGCAAAAGCUGUUAUAAGCAGAGGGGAGUUUGGUGCUUUAGGAGCUGAUGGUAAUUGCUGGCCCCAAAUGGCCUGCAUGGUACCUUCUUUUGAUGAUGAGCAGUUUGAUUGGGAAGGAGAUUUGCCUUUGAAGUAUCCACAGAGAGAUCUUAUUAUAUAUGAAAUGCAUGUGCGAGGAUUUACAAGGCAUGAAUCUAGUAGGACUGAGUUCCCUGGUACAUACCUUGGUGUUGUGGAGAAGCUUCAUCACUUAAAGGAACUUGGAGUAAAUUGUAUAGAGUUAAUGCCAUGUCAUGAGUUCAAUGAAUUGGAGUAUUCCAGCUACAACUCUGUCUUGGGUGACCACAAGGUUAACUUUUGGGGAUAUUCAACUGUAAAUUACUUUUCACCCAUGGCAAAAUAUUCUUCUUCUGGUGUGCGCAACUGUGGCCGUGAUGCAAUAAAUGAAUUCAAGCUUCUUAUUAGAGAAGCACAUAAACAAGGAAUCGAGGUGAUCAUGGACGUGGUUUUCAAUCACACAGCUGAAGGGAACGAAAAUGGCCCUCUUUUGUCUUUUAGAGGUGUUGAUAAUAGUGUCUAUUACAUGCUUGCACCUAAGGGAGAGUUCUAUAAUUAUUCUGGAUGUGGUAACACAUUCAAUUGCAACAAUCCUGUUGUACGUCAAUUUAUAGUGGACUGCUUAAGAUAUUGGGUAACAGAGAUGCAUGUUGAUGGAUUUCGCUUUGAUCUUGCCUCUAUCAUGACCAGGGGCAGCAGUCUCUGGGAUGCAGUUAAUGUUUAUGGGAAUUCAAUUGAAGGUGACUGGAUGACGACUGGCUCCCCUCUCAGCAGCCCUCCAUUGAUUGACAUGAUAAGUAACGAUCCAAUACUUCAUGGAGUCAAGCUUAUUGCUGAAGCAUGGGAUACGGGUGGCCUAUACCAAGUUGGCACAUUUCCUCACUGGGGUAUUUGGUCAGAAUGGAAUGGGAAGUAUCGUGACACAGUGCGGCAGUUUAUUAAGGGCACAGGUGGCUUUUCUGGGGCUUUUGCUGAAUGCCUUUGUGGGAGCCCUAAUCUAUACCGGGAAGGAGGAAGGAAACCGUGGAACAGUAUCAACUUUGUAUGUGCACAUGAUGGUUUUACUUUGGCUGAUUUAGUGACCUAUAACAACAAACAUAACUUAGCAAAUGGGGAGGAUAACAAGGAUGGAGAGAAUCAUAAUAAUAGCUGGAACUGUGGACAGGAGGGAGAGUUAGCUCGCACUUCUGUGAAGAAAUUGAGGAAAAGACAAAUGCGGAAUUUCUUUCUCUGCCUCAUGGUUUCUCAAGGUGUUCCAAUGAUAUAUAUGGGUGAUGAAUACGGUCACACUAAAGGAGGAAACAACAACACAUAUUGCCAUGAUAACUACAUGAAUUACUUUCAGUGGGAUAAGAAAGAGGAGUCUUCGUCAGACUUUUUCAGAUUUUGCUGCCUUAUGACUAAAUUCCGCCAUGAAUGUGAGUCACUUGGCUUGAAUGACUUUCCAACAGCAGAGAAGCUACAGUGGCAUGGUCAUACUCCUGGGAUGCCAGACUGGUCUGAAACCAGCCGUUUUGUGGCCUUUACACUGAUUGACUCAGUGAAGGGAGAAAUCUACGUUGCUUUCAAUACCAGUCAUUUACCUGUUAUGAUUACACUGCCAGAGCGGCCUGGAUUCAGAUGGGAGCCCUUGGUGGACACCAGCAAGCCCACACCAUAUGACUUCCUCUCGAUUGACCUUCCAGGAAGAGAUAUUGCAUAUGAUCAGUAUGCUCACUUCCUGGAUGCCAACCUGUACCCCAUGCUCAGCUAUUCUUCAAUCAUCCUCAUACUCUCUCCAGAAGAAAGUUCUUAGAUCAAAAUCCCAUGCAAUGAUGUGUGGCUCAAAACUCAACAGCCUCAAAAAUGGAUUGCCUCGACAUCAAGUUAUAGGAAAACAUUAUUUCAACUCCCUAUUUGUUGCUUCCACAUCAUCCUUACUCGCAGGUGUAGGUCCCACACACCUGUGAUUUGGCAAUAAAUAUCUCAUAAGCCCACUUCACGGAGCGGACACAGGAGAUAUCUUCUCAUGAUCUGGAUUUGUACUGAUUUUGCUCAUCGUCCUCAUAGGUCUCACACCUGUGAAUGAGGGCGGUGUGGAAGCAAUGAAAUGGAGAAUUGAAAGAGUGUUACCCCGUUAUAUAUGCCUAAAUCUUUAAAUUAUAGUCUUGGAGCCUGAAGCAGACUGUGGAGGCAGUACAUACAUAUUUUAUUAUUAUAGGGAUUGCAUAUAAAAAGAAAGGAGAGGAGACUCUGAAAUCACACCGAAAAUGAGAAUAUGUACCAGUGGUAAAGACAUGAUUGUAGUGUUUUCCUUUUUAUUAUUUAUUUUUUUUACAGACUUGUGGGUGUCGCUUAGAUGCUACGCAUUUGUAUUAGAAUGUUAUAGGGAUGAUUUUGAUGGAAAUCAUCUUGUACUUCUUGUAUGUCUCCAUUAUGAAUAAGUAGCUUACUUGUAGAAAAA